CGACCCAAGGUAGUCAAAAACACAACAAGCAAACACAACUCAACUAAACCCGUACCAACACUCACUCUAAUAUUCCUAUAAAAACACCCACACACACACUUGCUGUUUGUUCUUUUCUUGAUUCAAAAAUAAAACGCAGAAAUUAGAAAGCAAUGGAGCUUGAUCUGGGCGCAAUGGCGUCUAUGAUCGGCGUAUCAGUCCCUGUUCUGAGGUUUCUGUUGUGUUUCAUAGCUACUGUGCCGGUGAGUUUUGUGUGGCGGUUGAUUCCCGGCGGGCCGGCGGUGAAGAACUUGUAUGCUGCGGUGACUGGGGUGGUUUUGUCGUAUUUGUCGUUUGGGGCGUCGUCGAAUCUUCAUUUUUUGGUGCCUAUGCUGUGUGGGUAUGGGGCGAUGGUGGUGUAUCGGGAGAGAUGUGGGCUUGUGACUUUUGUUUUGGCUAUGGGAUAUCUCAUUGGCUGCCAUGUAUACUACAUGAGUGGGGAUGCAUGGAAGGAAGGGGGAAUUGAUGCCACCGGUGCCUUGAUGGUUCUCACACUGAAAGUCAUUUCUUGUGCAAUUAACUACAAUGAUGGAUUACUAAAGGAGGAAGAUUUACGUGAAUCACAAAAGAAAAAUCGUUUACUUGAGUUGCCAACUAUAACUGAGUAUUUUGGAUACUGCCUCUGUUGUGGUAGUCACUUUGCUGGCCCAGUUUUUGAAAUUAAGGAUUAUCUUAAUUGGACAGAAAAGAAGGGGAUUUGGACAGCUUCAGAUAAGGGGAAAUCCCCAUCCCCAUAUUGGCCAGCUCUCAGAGCAAUCCUCCAAGCUGUUAUAUGCAUGGGCUUGUACCUGUAUCUUUCGCCCCACUUCCCACUGACCCGUUUUACGGAACCUAUAUAUCAAGAAUGGGGUUUUUGGAAACGAAUAAGUUACCAGUACAUGGCUGGUUUUACGGCACGUUGGAAAUAUUACUUUAUAUGGUCAAUCUCAGAAUCUUCUAUUAUUAUUUCUGGUCUGGGUUUUAGUGGCUGGACAAAUUCUUCACCACCCAAAGCACGAUGGGACCGUGCAAAAAAUGUAGAUAUCUUGGGUGUUGAGUUGGCAACGAGUUCAGUUCAGCUGCCACUUGUAUGGAACAUACAAGUUAGUACCUGGCUUCGUCAUUAUGUUUAUGACAGACUCGUUCAGAAGGGAAAGAAACCUGGUUUCUUCCAGUUGCUGGCAACACAGACUGUUAGUGCUGUAUGGCAUGGUCUUUAUCCUGGGUACAUGAUAUUUUUUGUUCAGACAGCUUUGAUGAUUGCUGGAUCCAGAGUCCUAUACAAAUGGCAGCAAUCUCUUCCUCCAAAAAUGGCCAUAGUGAAGAAUCUAUUGGUAUUCAUUAACUUUUUGUAUACACUUAUGGUUCUUAACUGCUCUGCCGCUGGUUUCAUGGUAUUAAGCUUCCAUGAAACUCUUACCGCAUACAAGAGCGUAUACUUCAUAGCAACCAUUGUUCCCGUAACAUUGAUCCUUCUUGGAAAGAUUAUUAAACCGGCAAGGCCCGCCAGAACAAAAGCUCGCAAAGAAGAGUGAGAUGGAAUUGCAAUUUCGGAUUCUGAAAUCCCUGGAUUGAACUUUACAAAUCAUUAGUAUGCUUCUUCCAGCCAUAUUCCCUUGUCUUGCUAUUCCGUAAAGUGUUUUCUUUUUUAUAGUUGAAAUUGCUUUGCCUGUCCAUGUUUGGACCACUGGCCUCACUUCAGAAAUCUAGGCCAACAGGCAAUCGAUUAGAAAGUUGUAUUCUUACUUAGAUCAGAACAAGUGAUUGCAAGAAUUAUAUUUCGGUUGGAAUUUUUCCUCUUAUCCGUGACAGUCCAAUUAAAAUGUGUGAAAAUAUAACCCUUAUCACUUUGUGGAGGGAAUUUUUUA